AUGAUUUUAAAAGUGUUGGCCUUUAUGAAGGAAGAGAAACGUCUCCAAGCCCCAAUAAUACCAUUUGAAAAAUUAUAUGAACGAAUAACUGCUGCCACAGUAACAGUGAAAGUAGCGAUUCUUCAGAUGAUGAAACUGUUGAUUGUUAUGGUUCGGGUUCGGGAAUUUGUGGAAUACGACCUGAACAAGUUUUGUAAAGUUUGUGGCUAUGUUGACGAAGCGUACGAUGAAAAUCCUGCUAUCCAUCAUGAGGAUACUCCAAAACAUAUGUGUAAUUUAAUUUUACUAAAUUAUAAUAAUAACAAGUCCUACUUCAGUAAAAAUAAACAUGGGGUAAAAAUUUUUGGCCAUGCAGAAAGUUUGCCAAUGAACACGGCACAUGUUAGGAAAGUUGAAAAUUGUGACCAUCACAAGAUUCAAAUUGUUGUAAAACCACAUCAGCAAGUAAAGUUUACAUUUGACAUAAGUAAUGACAUGAAAAAAGAGGAUCUGUUUAUAAUUGGUGUUCAACUUGCCCACCCUCAACCACAAUUUGUCAUGGACAAAAAUCCAUACAUCUUUGGAGAAGAACCAAAUAUCAUUGCAAAAAAAACUUCAUUGAAUGGAAAUGUGUGUAUAAUAUUUAAUGCAGCAGAUAUCGGACAGUAUGAGAUGCCAAUUAUGUUUACACUUUUCCGUCAAAGUGAUAAUAAGAACCUUAUAUUCAUCAGAGAAAUGGUAGUGUUAGUACAAGAGCACAGUGAAACAUACGCUACCAUUAAAUAUCCCUACACAGAUGGUAUUUGGGAAAAAGCUCCGUUGCAUGUCUGUUCCACAAUCCAGCCAUCAUGCUCGAAUUUCACAGUUCCUAAGUUAUUGAAGACUCUCUUGCCCCUCGGACUGGCAGAUAAUUCAUUAGAGAGCUUGAAUUUACCUACUGAGGAACGAGAACAACUCAGGCUAUUAUUGAAUUCAACCAAAAUGAUCUUCGAUGAGGGCUACACGAAGAGGAAUUAUGUGGCCUUCUUCCAUCAUCUCCUGUGGUGGGAAGAAGUGGUUGCGAAGAUUAACUUGCGGAAAUACAACAUGUUUGGCGUGAAGCUAGUUAAGAGAGACGAGUUCUUUAUACUCGAAGUACCAGGCCUGGCUGAGAAGAGACCUUCUUUGUUGCGAGGUGAUCGAGUGUUUGUCCGUCCACAAGUCGCGCCAGAGUAUGUUUUUGAGAGCACAAUUAAAAAUAUCGACGACAAUACUGUUUUGCUUUCUGGACUGGACUCAAGCUUUUUGGUGCUCUACUACCCCGAAGCAUUAUUCGACGUCCGAUUCAUAAUGUCGCGUGUGCCAAAAGAGCGGAUGCAUGACGCCGUCCACAAACUCUUUACGAGUAAACAAGAAACAAGAGUAUUUCCCCAACUGAAUCAGAAGAAGGUGCCUCUUCAGAGGAUCACAAGAUUCCAUAACGACAAAAUAGCUAGCAACCCAGAACAGCGAUCUGCCGUUGCACACAUUGUGUCAGGGACCCAUGGCCUCGCUCCAUACAUUGUCUAUGGCCCGCCCGGAACUGGAAAGACUAUGACCAUUGUUGAAGCGAUUAUUCAGCUUGUGGUCCGUAACCAAAGGAACCGGGUGUUGGUUUGCACGGACUCAAACAUGGCGGCGGAUCACAUCGCUUUGAUGCUUCUUCAGUAUAAUAAGGAACUCAACAUUACAAACUUCCUAUUUCGAGCUAACUCGCAGUGCCGUGAAUGGACGACGAUGCCGCCGACAUUAGCAUCAGUGUCGAAUGGUAUUAGCUUCGAGACGUUUUAUUCUGUUGGCAACGCCCAAGUGGCUACGUACAGGAUAUUAGUGACCACGCUGUUACAUGCUGCUAAAUAUGCAUCACUGCGCAGCCAGGCAACUCAAAAACUCCAAAUUACCCAUCUGUUUGUGGAUGAAGCAGCUCAAGCGUCUGAACCAGCGGUGUUGGUCCCCAUCACAGGGCUUUUAUCUCCAAAUGGGAAGCUCAUUCUGGCUGGGGACCCCCAACAGUUGGGACCUGUUUGCAUUUCAACAGGGGCGAAGGAAAGAGGUUUAGGCCAAUCGUUGUUGGAGCGUCUAAGCUUGAAUUACACGAACAUAUACGGAUCAAACCCGGACUACAUGACAAUGCUUGUGCAGAACUUCCGCUCCGACCCUGAUAUAUUGGCCAUACCCAAUGAAUUAUUCUAUGAGAAUAAUCUAAAGGCCCUUGCCCCAUUGGACCCGUUGAGCAAAAGCAGCAUCCUCGGCCUACCUGGCGGAGACAGUGCAGUUAUCUUCCACGCAGUUAACUCUCGAGAACAAAGAAUGGGAAAUGCGCCCAGCUAUUUCAAUGAGAGGGAACUGGAAAUGUUGAAGCGCUACACACAAGCCUUGCUGGAAGACCACAAUGUGUUGCCAAAGGACAUCGGAGUGAUCGCACCAUACAUUAGACAGGUGUACAAGAUGAAGGGCUGGCUCAAAAGUAUCAACAUGCCCGACAUCGAGGUGGGGACAGUGGAGUCAUUCCAGGGGAAAGAGAAGAGGGUAAUCCUUGUGUCCACAGUGCGGGCAAACUGUCGUCUACUUGAGUACGAUGCCAAAUACAGCCUGGGCUUCUUGGUUGAUGACAAGCGUUACAACGUGACGUUGACACGAGCUAAAGCAAAGCUCAUAAUAAUCGGAAACCCGACUUGCCUCGUAAGAGACCAAAAGUGGCGAAAAUACAUGGACUUCUGUAAAGAGAAGAAUUGCUACUACGGCAUUGAAUCUCAGCAAAUUGACAGGUCUACCGCCCUUUUGGUGGAAAUCGCGAAGACUCGGUUUGACAAAUGCCGCCUGACUGAAGAGCUCAAGCAUUAA